GGACUAUCCACAGUCUCUCCCCCUGGGCUUCCUGUUGGGGUGUCCUAGGCCCCACCCCAGAGCUGGCACUUCCCUCCCUGACACAGGGACCUGGACCUACUCUGUGCUGAGAGAGGCAGACAUGGUGCCCCUGUUGCUGCUGCCCCUGCUGUGGGGGGGGUCGCUGCAGCAGCAGCCAGGCUUUGAGCUCCGAGUGCAGGAAUCUGUGACGGUGCAGGAGGGUCUGUGCAUCCACGUGCCCUGCUCCUUCUCCUACCCCUGGAGUUCAUGGUCUUCCUCUAGCAAAUUCUACACCUAUUGGUACCGGAAAGAGGACAACAUGCAGUAUAGUAAGCCUGUGGCAUCAAACGACCCAGAUAAACCAGCAAAGGAAGAGACAAAAGGCCGUUUCCUCCUCCCAGACACCAGGAACAACUGUUCCCUGCACAUCAGAGAUGCCAGGAGGAGUGACGCAACAAUAUACGUCUUCCGAAUGGAGAGAGAAAGUAUGAAAUAUACUUACAAAGAGAAGAUGCUGAAUUUGCAGGUGACAGCCCUGACAGAGAAACCCCACAUCCGAAUAAGGGAGCCCCUGGAGUCCGGCCGCCCCACACAGCUGGCCUGCAGCCUGCCAGGGGCCUGCAAAGGGGGACGACCUCUCACCUUCUCCUGGGAGGGAGCCGCUGUGGGCUCGCUGGACCCCCAGAACUGCAGCUCCUCAGAGCUCACCUUCACCCCGAGGCCCGGGGACCAUGGCACCAACCUCACCUGUCAGGUGAAACGGGAAGGGUCCCAGUGGACCACACAGAGAACCAUCCAGCUCAAUGUCUCCUAUGCCCCUCGGAAACUCACCUUGGGCGUCUCCUUCAGAAACGACACAGCCUUUAAGAAUCUGCAAACCACAUCCCUUUCCAUCCUGGAGGGAGAGGCCCUGAGGCUGCGCUGUGAGGCUGACAGCAACCGCCCUGCCGAGCUGAGCUGGUUCCGAGGGUCCCCAGGCCUGAAUGCCACCCCCAUCUCCAGCACCGCGAUCCUGGAGCUGCCUCGCGUGGGGCCUGCACAGGAAGGAGAGUUCACCUGCCAAGCUCGGCACCCGCUGGGCUCCCACAGCGUCUCUCUCAGCCUCUCCGUGGUCUACCCCCCGCAGCUGCUGGGACCCUCCUGCUCCUGGGAGGACCAGGAGGAACACUGGGAGGUCUACUACGGCAACCUCAGCUUUCAUGGGAUGAAGCCACAGGAACCUGAGGACCCGGAGGCCACCAGCAGCAUCAACGAGUACUCGGAGAUCUAG